CUGGACGCUGAUUGGCUGGCUCCACGCUGCUGCUGAUGUGGUGUUCCGAAGUUAGCAAGCGUGAACGGCACAUUCAAACAGAUUGUUGUAAAUAAUAUCAUUUCUGUUUCCUUGUGACAAUGCCUUACUAUCAGACAUGGGAGGAGUUCUCCCGUGCAGCGGAAAAACUGUACCUGACAGAUCCCAUGAAGGUCAGAGUGGUUCUCAAGUACAGACACUGCGAUGGCAACUUGUGUAUUAAAGUGACCGACGACGCGGUGUGUUUACAGUACAAGACGGACCAGGCCCAGGAUGUGAAGAAGAUCGAGAAGCUCCACGGCAAGUUGAUGCGGCUCAUGGUAUCCAAGGAGACGCACAGCGGCGCCAUGGAGACAGACUGAGACGUUUCAGAGGGCCUGACCUUCUGGAGCACCUGGACUGAGAUCAGAAUCUGGAUGCGUUCGGUUGUCGAGAGCACAAAACCGUUGGAUUGCAUGGCGGCAGAGUUGGAGAGACAAGCUGUUGGGAUGAGAUUCCACCUGGCUGCCUUUACUGGUUAAAUAUCGUCAGGGAUGUGUUUUUUUUUUUUUUUCUCUCCUGCAGGAUUUCAUUUUUUUUUUUUUUGUGACACUUUCCUACACCUUUAAAUUAAGAAUCCUGUCCUCCUGUUUUUCUGCAUUUUGAUCACAUCCCUGAUCAUACAUGUGUGUAUUAAGGCCAGUGUGAGCAGCCAGGAAAAUUAAAUAUAGGGUGAAGAUGGGGUAAUGGAAAGAGAUGUGGGAAGCAGCAGAUUCGGCACCUUGAGUUCUUUAGAAGAGCUUGCUUUUAUUUUCGGUUUUAAGACGGACUUGACGAAGAUGUUGCAUGUACUUAUGUGUACAUCCGUAUAGAUCCUUAGGUUUCAGUUUUAUCAUCACGGUAGUUUUCAUUUUGUUCUUCCUCCUCAUACAUGGAGAGUUGUGUUCAUCACAGAGACCACGUGCCACAUGAAUGAAGCGGGACCUUCUACAAAGCUAUUGAAAAACCCCCCACACCUCUAAUGCCAUUUUCAUCUACUGAAAAUAACUGUUUCAUGUUCAAUAAAUGUUUAUUUACCCCAGAA